CUUAUCGCUUUCGUCCUCGUCAUCGUCGCUGCCUCUGCUGCUCCCCAAGGCCGCCAGGAAGACGUGCUGCUCGUCAAGGAAACACCCUCUGACAAUAUUGGUCUCGGUCAUUAUAACUAUGGUUACGAACUUUCCAAUGGGCAAGCUCACCAAGAAUCCGCCGAAUUACUUAACGCUGGAACCGAGAACGAAUCUUUGGCUGUUCGUGGAAGCUUCACCUGGGUUGACCCUCAGACCAACAUCGUUGCUUUUUUCGCCCUCGUAGCUGUUGCCGUAGCAGCUCCACCAGCAGUAGUACCUCAGCAAACAGUCAUCGUUAAAGAAACUCCUUCUGAUAACGUUGGUCUUGGCGGCUACAGCUAUGGUUUCCAACUUUCUGAUGGGCAAGCCAGAGAGGAAACUGCAGAAUUAGUCAAGGGUGGAACCGAUGAACAAUUCUUGAGAGUUCGCGGUAGUUUCUCCUUCGUCGACCCACUGACCAAUGUUGCAUACACUGUGAAUUACGUCGCUGAUGAGACUGGUUAUCACCCAGAGGGAGAACAUCUUCCACGUGUUUAAAUUUUAUAAAUAUUCACCACAGCAAUACCUUACUUGUGCAAAAAACUCUGAUCACUUGAUUGAUUUCGUUUGGCCAUUGAACUCGAUACUGUACAUAUUACAUGUGUACCCCGUUAGAUCUGCAAUAAUGUACAUUUUUGUGUCAUAGUUAUGUUCAUGUUUUAAUAAAUACUACAAUUAGUUAAAAGAACUGUUACCAUUGAAAAAUGAUUAUAUCUAUUGCAUGUUUGAGAUUUUGUACCAAUAUUCUACUGAAAAUUCUAUUCUGAAUUUCGUAGCCUAAGAAUUUCCCACAAAGCUAAUUUCUGGGCUAGUACGAAAUUCAUUGUCCCACAAAAUUAAUUUCGUAACCCAUAAAUUUCCCUCAGAUGUAAUUUUUCCACCUGCACCUCUGAAUUUUUCUAUCCCACAAAAUGAAUUUAGUGUCCCUGUCGUACACUAUUGCGCUCUUUAUCUAUUACAUUACAUAUAUCUGUUCUUCUUGCGCACUAUUGUCUUCCUUGUCUGUUGCGAAACAAAAAUUUGUCUGUGUCUAUCACGAACAAAGAUCUGUUUUUGUUAUACAUUGUCAUCUUUGUUUGCGGAGGUGUUGCCAUCUAUAUACGUCUCAAAGAAGCAGCGUAAAAAGUUGUCAUGUGUCGCCAUCUAUCGAAGUAUGUUAGAUUAGGUAUAAGUCCAUACAUGGUCAGACAUAAGCAAGUAAUAUAGAUAAGUAUAUAGAUAGACAUAAGCAAAUGGUGUAGAUAAAUAAAACUAAUUGCAAGAAAAAACUUAAAUCCACCAAAUCUGUAUUUUAUAGAUUCACGAUAGACUUCUGCAUGUAAUAUGUUAAAAUUCUAAGGCUCUUGAUACAUAGUUUUUAAUACAAACGAUUUAUAUUUCACGAAAUGAAAUGAUUUGUAUUUCGUUAAAUGAACAUUCAACGAAACUUCUUUACAACUGAUCACUGGAUAACAUGUGUUUCAAAUGGAAUCCAACUUCAAACGGUCGAAUUCACUUACAAAUUUCAUUUUUCCAAAUUUCAUUUUCCACGUUUCUUAAUAACUGACCAUUCGUUUCGAAACUUUCUAUUUGGAGGUUGUUCAUCGUCUCAAAAUCUGUUAUUGUUUAAAAAGAAAAAACUGAACUAUACUUAUAGAGUGUGCCCUAUAAACGUGCAUUGCUUUACAUUGAUAUCUCAAUCCGUUCACAAGAUAUAGCGUUUCAAAUUUUGCGUAUAUGAAUUGAAAUUCACGCCAGACUAUUCACCAUUCUGAAUGCAGUGCCGUUUAUUCCUGGAAAUCUGUCUCUGAGCACACUCACGUGAAGCGAAAGGCGAACUUGGAAAUUCGACUCCAGUGUCGAACGAGCAAAGUAACAAUAGUAACAUCGAACGAAAGGAGAGAAGAGAUGAGGGAUUCCUAAUUUCGACCCAAGUUCAAUAAACUUGUCUUUGUACAGAAUGCGUUCAC